GAAACAGGGACAUCACAUCUCAUGAUAUUUCCACGCAUAUAGAUCUCGUAUUGUGCGAUUCGGAAAGUCUGGGAUUGCUGCGCCUGAAUACACACAAUUGUUGUUGCUGUUGUCGUUAGUCAUGCCACGUUCUACACCGGGCUGCAGGUGAAAUUAUCCAACCCAUUACCAGGGACUUACUCAAGAUGUCCCAUUCAAAUCUCCAGCAUCGGCGCACGCACAACUUGUUAUUGAUCUCAAAACUAUUGAAUCAAAGGGAUACUGCCUCACCGUUCACCCUUGUCAAAGACAGCCUGGAACAGCCCGCAAAACCAUUGUUGCGGGAGUACAUUCGGAGGGCCAAAUUGUCCAAGACCAGUGUCAUCUUUCUAUCAUUCGAAACCUUUACAAAGCCCAAGGAUGUCGAUUUCUUCGUGGAAUGCUACGGCGACAAGAAGUCUGAGACGAUAUUGAGGGACGUUCAGAAGGUUGUGUCAUCAGGCGCAGGGAAAAGGUUUCUCAUCAUCAUUGACUCAUUGACAACGCUAUGCUCGAAGCCGCAGACCCCCGGCACUGGUAUCAACUUGGUCGAGUUUCUCUCGAACCUGCUCCAGCCGUCACAGCCGCAGCAACAGACGUCUCUCGUGGCAGUCUAUCACUUGGAUAUCCCGACCACAAAUGUGUCCAAUUCUUUCAACUCAUAUUCUCCUCCGCCACUCUCGCUACUAUCCUAUCUGGCAACAACCAUCAUCAAGCUCCAUUCUUUGUCUUUCCUUUUGACGGAAAAGGCGGCAAAUGCCAGAUCACUUGCGGCACCAGCAUUUGGUCUUGGCGAAGAAGUAGAAGGUGUGUUGGUUGGGUUGAAACCAAAGACAUGGAGCAAUCAUAAUCUCAAGGUAGAAGAACGAGGGCUAGUUCUCGAGUUGGAACAUCGACGGAAGAGUGGACGGGGCGUAUUGGAGUGGUAUUUCCUGCCGACAUGUUCCAAUAUCUCGUCGAGUGUGGGAGUACAGGCAUUUCGCGAGAUAGUCACUCUCCUUGAUGACCAUCCUUUGUUCCGAAAGCCGCAAGAAGAAGAUACUUCCGAGCAGGAGCUGACUGGGAUGACAUUCGAACUUGGUCUGACUGAGCGGCAGAGAUUGGAACGCGAUGGUGUCGUUCUCCCGUACUUUGACGCACAAAAGGGCGGCGGGGGUGAAGGAGGCAGAAUUUUGUAUGAUAUGGGAGUCGAGGAUGACUUUGACGAAGAGGAAGAUGAGAUAUGACUGCCGUAUCGAGAAGGCUCGCUUGCUAAAGUGAUUCGCGAUGCAAUGUUCGUUUAGAAUGCUCGGGCUCGUGCCACUGUUUACC